AUGAAAGCCUGUUCGGAGGAAAAACAACGGCGUCGUGAUGAGGAAUACCGGGCCUUUAUGGCAGACUUUGGGCAGCGGGCCUAUCAACCCCAACAGCGUGGUGACCAAGGCUACCUGGCCUUUAUGGCCGACUUCGGGAAGCGGGCGUACGACCUGCAACGGCGCUCGGCAUCUCCGGCGCGGGCCAGCCAUACCCUCCCCGCGUCGGAGGUCGCCCCGUCAAGGCCCCCCCUCCCGCCGCCGCCCCCGCCAUCAACAACAGGCCUGUGGACACCCGGGCAGCCCAACUCGCCGAGAGGGGCCUGCCUGCCAAUACCCCAUCAGGCCGGGCUGCUCAAGAUGCCCCCCGGUCUCUCAAAACUCGCCCUGGGCUACACAAGAUGCCCCCCCCCACCCCUGCCCUCCUCUCAAGACCUCCAACGGUCAUCGGGGGAUGAUGACAUCCCCAUGCAGCCCGCUCCGGCAUGGCUUGGAGUGCCCCUGCCACCAUCAUCUCCUCCGAAAACACCAGAAAACUGA